ACACCUAAAUUCAGUAACCCAGAUACCUUUUAUAUCUCUGUAAGUUUUGGGAGACAUGGGUACAACUGAGAGAUCAAAGAAGAGGGUUCAACUAUGGAAGAAAGCUGCUGUCCAUUUUGCUUUGUGUUUUGUUAUGGGAUUCUUCACAGGCUUUGCUCCAACAUUCAAACCUUCCAACUCAUCUAAACCUGCAGCUAUGAGUACAUCAAAAAGAGUAGAGUUUUCGCCUCAACCAGUUGAACGGCCGCAACAAGUAGCAAAUGCCGAUAGAAGUUUGAUUGCAGAAGCAGAAAAUUUGACUAUGGCAGCAUCCACAUGGUCUGAAGAAAACUACUCGGAAACUGAAAGGAGGAUGUCAGAAGAUGAAGAAGACGAAGUGAAAGAACCCAGUUUGACACCAAGAAGGUUCAUAAUCAUAGUCACACCAACAAGCACCAGAAACCCCCUAAAAUGUGUGUUUCUUAGAAGAUUGGCCAACACCAUAAAGUUGGUUCCUCAGCCAUUGUUGUGGAUUGUGGUGGAAGGGAAGACCGAGUCUAAUGAGGUUUCUGAAGUGCUUAGGAAAACAGGUAUCAUGUAUAGGCAUUUGGUUUUCAAAGAGAACUUCACAGAUACUGAAGCUGAAAUGGAUCAUCAGAGGAAUGUUGCUCUUAAGCACAUUGAGCAGCACAAGCUUAGUGGGAUUGUUCACUUUGCUGGGCUUUCCAAUGUAUAUGAUCUUGACUUCUUUGAUCAGCUCAGAGAAAUUGAGGUGUUUGGGACAUGGCCAAUGGCAAUACUAGCAGCAAACAAGAAAAAAGUGAUCAUUGAAGGACCUGUAUGUGAUUCUUCACAAGUGAUAGGAUGGCAUAUCCUCAGGAAAAUGAACAGUAGUACUGAUCAAACAGAUGAUACUAAUAGACUUCGCAUUCAUAUUUCAAGCUUUGCAUUCAAUAGCUCGAUUCUUUGGGACCCCGAAAGAUGGGGUCGCACUUCAUCUUUUCAAAGCACUUCUCAGAAUUCAAUGAAAUUUGUAAAGCAAGUGGUUCUUGAAGACGAAACAAAACUAAAGGGAAUCCCACCAGAAGACUGCUCCAAGAUCAUGCUUUGGUCCCUUCAUUAAGUCACACCAAACAAUCUAUCAAAGGGAAAAUUCAAUUACCAAAAGAAAAGAUUCAAUCUUUUGUUUUUUAAGUAAUCUCUAUAACUUCAUUUGUUCCCUUCAUUUCUUCUCCUUUUCUAAAUUUUUGAUCAGAUAGGUAUUCAAAUAUGUAGCUGAAAUCACCAAAAUUAUAUGAGCUGUUUAUGUUCCGUGUCAUAAAAAUGCAAAGAAAGAGGAUCAUUUACCAUU